AUGGAAAAAUGCGAUACUACAAUGGGUAAUGUAAUAAAUAUUUUUCUAAAAGAUCUGCCUACCUUGAAGGAUUUUGUCACAUGUACUAAUCACAAGUGUAAAAAGACAACAGUGACGUCUAUACCGAUUCCUUAUAUAACGGUCAAUGUUAAAAAUGAUAAUCUUGAUGAAUUAGAAAAUAUGGUUAAUCUUCGAAUAAAUAAUGAAACUACUUUAUGUGGUCAUGUUGAUGAUCUGAAGAGUCCAUGUGCCGGUUAUAAAACGAUUAGAACAGAUGUUUCUAAAUUACAUAUAUUUAUAGAACUAUUAUAUUGGAAUGGUAAGUAA